AUGGUCGACUUAAACAAGCCCGGCUCGAUCGAGCGAGUCAUCGCAAUCACCGAGAUCGAACGAAUUCUAAACAAAUACUGCAUAAUGGCGCACGAGAAUGCCCCCUUUUCUGAAAUGGCGAAUCUUUUUCAUUCCAACGGCAUUUUUCGUCUCCCAAACGGAGCCGGAGUUCCCCCGCAAGAAAUGGGAACCGUCGUCCAGGACAAACCCCCAGCCUUUAUCCGCCACCAUCUCACUAGUGUGGAUAUCGAAUUCACAAGUGAGACAGAAGCAAAGACUAAGUCACUUUUCUUUGCUAUGACUGGCAUAUCCACAAUUGAUCAUUGGGGUUACUGGCAGGAUGUCUUCCAAAGGACUGAGGAUGGAAAGUGGUUGAUCGAGGUUCGGGAAAUCGUGGUGGAAGGUCAGGAUUCUAAUGGGUGGUAUGCGGGCGCAUAUGGCCAGUGA